GAUGUCCGAGACCCCCCCCAGCAAGGAGGCUGCCCCGGCCGAGUGCCCCGUGUGCUACGAGAGGUUCCAGCCCCUGGAGGCCACGCACCGCCGGCUCAGCUGCGGCCACACCUUCUGCCACGACUGCCUGGUGAAGUGCCUGCUGUCGGCCAAGCUGGACGGGCACGUCCAGAGCAGCAUCGCGUGCCCCGUGUGCCGCUUCGUCACCUUCCUCAGCAGGAAGAAGGCUCUGUGGCUGCCCAGGGCCACCGAGCCCCGCGCGGCGGAGGCCACCAACACGCUGGUGGUGCCCCUGUCCCCAUCGUCCCUGUCGCAGCUGGCCAGGAGCGAGGCCACCAACACUCUGGUGGUGCCCAGCCACUUCGUGCUGCCGGUGCAGAGCCUGGAGCGGGUUCCCCCCGGCGCGGGGCUGGCACGGGAGGCGCACAUCUUUGUCAUCAGCGAGCACGGCAUGCCGCCGCUGGCCGCCCAGCCCUGCGGCUCGCUGCCCCCGGGGAGCGGGGGGGACGCGGCCAGCUCGGGCUCGGUGUCGCUGGCCGGCUCGGUGUCGUCCGGCCCGGCGCUGGGGCUGCAGUGCUGCCAGUCGCCCAUGGCCCUGGCCGUGAUGCUGGUGCUGACCGUGGCCAUGCUGGCCGCCGUGCUGCCGUGGCUGCUGCUGGUCAGGAGGGACUUGUAG